AAAGACCCUGUAAUAGAAUGAACUCUUGCCCGUAAUUACGGACGGCACUUCUGAUCGAUAAGCUCUAAAUACUCAGCAAUAUAUGCAGAAAUCGGCUUAUUCUGUGUAUAUAAACGUCACGAAUUUAAAAGACCAUGUUUCAAAACAAUUUUAGAGCGUUAGUGUACGGAGAUCCGGAACCUAGUUGCAUUAUAUUCAUGUACUAUUAAGCCGCCAUGGAAUACACGUUCUGACAGGUGCAUAUGUACUAGCUUAAGGGACGACCAUGGGUGACUGCUAUGUCCGACAUGAGGAUCGGAUCGCCCGGAUCUUUGGGAUGUACGGGAGAUUCCUGGAGCGCUACCCCGUGAAGAUCCUAGUCAUCUCCAUCACCGUUAACUGUCUCCUGGGCCUCGGAAUGCUGCGACUUGAGGUGGAGAGUGGGGCGGAAAGACUGUACACACCGGUCAAUAGCCAAGCCUCCAAAGACAGGUCCUUCUUAGAGAACAUAUAUCCAAGUUCCUCCGAAUUUUAUGCCCACAAAGAAACAGCCGACUUUGCGGAAGUGUUGAUUCUUACAAAAGACAGGGGAAAUAUGUUAACAUCUACGUUCUUGGACGAUGUUACUUCUGUUGACGAAUUUGUACGAAACUCCAUCUCUAUUACCCAAUCAGGAACGGUGUACAAAUUCAGUGAUGUGUGCGCCAAACAGAGCAGUGCAUGCGUUGUAUCGGGGGAUAUCGUCCUGUCCAGCGAAUUUAAGCAAAUGAUGUUGGCAAACAAUAUAACCUAUCCAGAAUUCAACCAAACCUCCAUUUCUUCUCUUUUCGCAAGUCCGUCCGCUUCCAAUAGCGUUCUGACGUCUGCUAUCGGAUUGAAACUCACGUAUUACCUCCGCAGCUCUUAUUCUGAACAAUGGGAAAAAGAGUUUGUUAAAACUAUACCCAACGCUGUCGUGAAUAUUUCAGAACUAGCUUACUCCUAUUCCGAUGCACUUGAUAAUGAAUUGGAGGAAAACAUUGGAGGAGACAUUUUGUUUUACUCUUUGACGAUGACGUUCAUGAUGACGUAUGCUUGCAUUGCCACAUCGAGGCUAAACGGUAACUGCAUUGCCGACAGGAGCCUUCUGGGACAAGCAGGGGUUCUAGCAGCAGUUCUCUCUAUCCUGUCCUCUUUUGGUUUUGUUAGUCUUAUAGGAGUAAAGUUCAUGAGCAUUGUGGGAGUAAUGCCAUUUCUUAUAAUUGGAAUUGGAAUAGAUGAUGUUUUCAUUUUAAUGUCUGGAAUAGCUGAUGCCGAGUCCAUAGAAAAAUCGAGUGUUUCUGACCGAAUCAGUUUCAUGAUGAGGACCAGUGGUAUCGCUAUUACCAUUACUUCAAUUACGGAUUUUCUGGCAUUUUCAAUUGGAGCAAGUUCGGUUUUCAUCAGUGUCAGAAACUUCUGCAUAUAUACUGGUGUUGCGGUACUUUUUUGCUACAUCAACCAAAUAACUAUCUUCUCCUCAUGCAUUGUCAUAAAUGAAAAAAGAAUCAAGGAUAAUCGCCACUGCGUUGCUUGUUGGACGAGAACAAAAGACAAGGAAUCUCUUCAGAUGGAUGGCAAGACAGGGUGUUCGCUGUACGCAUGCGCAGGAUACCCACCGAAAGAUCGCAGUGAUGUCGAUAGCCCUCUAGAGAAAUACCCAAAACGCCUGAUUCAAUUCGUUAUGAAAUAUCUAGUUUUGAAAAUAGCAAUUUUAGUAAUUUUUGCGAUUUAUUUAGGAUUUUCAAUAUAUGGCGUGGUCCAUCUUGAUCAAGGACUCUCUCUGCAAAACCUCGUCACAGAAGAUUCUUUCUUUUACAAGUACAGCAUGUGGAGAGAGAAUUACUUUCGAAGUGAAGUUGUUAUGUCCUUUAACGUAAAAACAACUCAGACAUAUUCUUCUUCGUGGACUCAAGGGGUCAUAGCAUCGAUCUUAACAACUGCAAAACAAGACAAGGACAUCGACCCUUCGUUUGAGUUGAACUGGUUAACGGCCUUUAAACAGUCUGCUUUGUAUGUGGAUACCUCGGAAUCUGCAUUCAUCACAGCCCUCCAGACAUUCCUAACAAAUGUGCCAUUAUAUGCUAGUGAUGUGGUUAUUGAUUCGUCUGGACCGAGUAUCACUUCGUCUCGAUUUUAUCUAAAAACCAACAACAUACCAUCCACAUAUGACCAAGGUCAGAUGAUGUUGCGCAUGCGAGAAGUGACGGCGAAUUCUGCCAUUCCGAUGAUUGUUUAUUCUCCCCCUUUUAUUUUCUUUGAGCAGUUUGUUGAGAUUCUUCCAAGUACCUUACAGACUGUUGGCAUCGCUAUAGUGGUCAUCAUAAUUGUCACCAUUCUCUUCAUGCCCCACCCGACCCUGAUCAUCAUUGUAGGGGUCACUCUCUUCACCAUUCUCCUUGGGGUGUUUGGGUUCAUGUUCUUCUGGGACAUAUCCCUCAGUUCCAUCUCCAUGAUACACCUCGUCAUGACCGUAGGCUUCUCUGUAGAUUUCAGCGCCCACAUCUGUCAUGCCUAUCUUGCCGUAGACGCAGACGACAGGGCUACGAAGGUCGAUCUUUCCUUGGACCGAUCAGGAGGACCGAUCUUUAACGCUGCGUUUUCAACUCUUCUGGGAGUCUCGAUUUUAGGCUUUGCAAAUAGCUAUAUAUUUAAGACCUUUGGAAAGAUGAUGUUCUUGGUGAUAUUUUUUGGUCUUGCCCACUCAGUUCUUCUGAUUCCAACAGUGCUAUCGUUUAUAGGACCAUUAAAAGCGAGAAAAGUUAAACCUGACGAGAAGGCGCAAUUGGAACGCGAAAACUCUAAAUCUAGUUCAAGUCCAAUUUGAAUUAUCCUUCUCAGUAGUGUUAUAACAUAUGUUUAUUUAUAUCAAGUGUUCUAACGGAUAACAACUGAAUUGUAAUGAAUUCAAAUCAUUGAUAUAUACCUUAACUUCUAUCGUAGAUAUCAAAUUAUGAAGAUCGAAACAAUUCAACUUUUGUUGAAUCUUAACUUUAAAAAUAUAGAACAGCUAGAUGUGAAACAGUUAAAAUACUAAAAGUAUGAUGAACGCAAUCGCGCAGGAUCAUGCACUUUUAUUUAUAUUCAUUCCUUUUAUGCCGCAAGAUAGCAUUGCUGAGAAUUGUUGAACUUGUUUUAAUUUCCCAGUAAUGAAAUGCUAUACUUCUGUCAUGAUGUAAAUUUUGUAUUUAUACACACCCACUAAAUUCAAAACUUUUGAAGCUACUUACUUGUAUGCAAUUUUCACUAUUCAUUUCGAUAUCAAAUCAUGUAUUUUAAACAUUUUGUUAGUAGAAGUAUUAAAUUUCAAUAUUAUAAAUAUUUUCCAGCAAUUAAUAUACCUUCUAUUUUAUAGAACUUGAACUGGGUUUAAAAUGGUGCUUAUUUAUUUUCUUUAGUACAUUCUUACAUGUAGGAUAUCUCUUGCAUAAUAAAUGUGGUUAAAAUAACUAGGUAAUCUAAUAGAAAAAAACCUUGUUUGGCAUGUUCUCAUAGCAGCUGCUACAUUUUAAAUCUAUAACCUGUUACAUUAAAGUUUAAAUCAAAGAUUUCUAAACUUAACUAUAAUAAUCUCUCUCACAACCUUAAUAAAUUUUGUAUUUACACCCACCCAGUAAAUUCAAAACUUACAACAUGACACUUCCUUUUACCAAUGCCAAUUUAUACCUCUAUUAAAAUCAAAUUGUGAUAUAUUAUUCACAAUAUUGAAUACAUCUUUCAAAAAUAUGCAAACCUCAUUUGUGCCCCAACCACGUGCGUCAUUUUUUCGUGUUUUAAAAAAGAGACACCUAUUACAUAUGAUCACGUGAUGCUGUUAAAACGCCCGUUUCUUGCGACGUGUCAAUGAUCGAUGUAAUAAACUAUACAACAAAAUUUGAUCUGCACUAAAGUUACAGUCGGGCACGUGUCAUGAAGCCCUUCGGCCUUUAUGAUAUAUUUGAUCACGUACCGAACGUAAUGAUCACCCCCCCCCCCCCCCCAAACUUACCUAAAAGUCAAAGAAUGGUUUCUUAUUACUUAUAUUUCAUCAUUUUUCAAUUAUUGUAAGAACAGCUAAUGAUAUUUUUACAUUGAUUUUAAUUAUCAUACAAACCCGUUUGUGCCCAAACAGCACACGUUGACACAUAUCGAUUUUCAAAGUGUGCAUUACCACGCGGCGCAAAGCAACUAUGUACUUAUGUUAUACACGCACAUUUUAGGCAAUAUGUCAAUGAUUUAUUGAAUACUAAGACCGAAAUGUAUUUGGCCUUUUUCAAAGGUAGAUAUUUCGUCUUUCACGAAUCUUGAAGUUUAUUUUGUUACUCGUCUCUGUCCUUACUGAAGAAGAAAUCAAAUAAAUUGUACAUUUGCUUAUUGAUAUUUACAUCCUACUGAGUAUGAUUCCCUCUACUAUAUUGUAUUUCUUACGGAAACUUAUAGUUAAUUCAUAGCUCUAU